UAAGUUUUAAAGUUAAAAUACUAAUGCAAACAAAAGAGAAUAAGGCGGAGAAACGAGUACUUAUUUUUGGGGCUUAGGUAUUUGAUUUGAAUGGCGAAACUUUUAAGCAGGCAGCUUUUCGUGACCAGGCUUUCAUUUUACACCACCAAUCAAGAGCUGAAGAAGCUGUUCUCACGCUUUGGUUCAGUUACAGAAGCUAAACUUGUAAUUGAUGAAAAAACCCAAAGGCCAAAGGGGUUUGGUUUUGUGACAUUCAAGUCAGAGGACGAGGCUCGGAAUGCUUUGAAAGCUAUGAACGGAAGGGUAUCUAUCUCUCGCCUCUUGAUUAUAAAUGGAAGACUGAUUUUUGUGGAAAUGGCUCAGACUGCACCGCCUGGAGAGUAGAUGCAAUUAUCAGAAGUUAAAGAUAUUCUCACUGACUAAUAAUUUUUCACAGGCUCCCCUGUCUAUGUCUAAAUAGAUCCGAAACUUCAAGCUCAAGCAGAUUCCCAAGUUGAAGAUGUUGUAAUGCACUUACUCCAGAUGAUGUAGCUUGCUUUUUAUGUAGAAAUUGCAAUUUCAAGGCGUAUAUGCUUGUUAUGUGAAAGAAUCGAAACUCAAGAAAAUAACGUUUAACAGCCAAUUAAGAGACUGUUGGAGAUUCUCUUUAGUGAUCUAUAAAGCAACUAAGAGUCUCGCGGAGUAAUAAUUUUUUCA